CCUCCUCUCGCUGGCUUUGCCUUGUAGAGGGGAAGAACAGGGGAGGAGAGGAGAGAAGGCACACAAAAUCUGCUCCGAAUUCUCCGGUUAAUUCCACUGCUCGUCCCAGCCUGAGAUCAAUCCGCACUUCCGGUUCGGCUUCUCGAGGGGGAGGAGAGGAGCGAGGGAAUUCGGCUGCGGAUUGGAUUGGAGCACUAAAAGAGGCGGCGAUCUUUCAUAGCACGGCGCAAGUCCGGCGAUGGAGAGGGAGUCGAGGAAGAACUACCAGACGCGAGGCUCCGCGCGCGGCGGCGGCGGCGGGGGCGCUGGCGGUGGCACGGCGGCGGAGCGCGACCUGCUGCUGCAGUGGGGAAACCGGAAGCGCCUGCGCUGCGUCAAGGUGCAGCGCCGCGACGUCGAGGCCGCGGCCACGGCGGCCGCCGAGAAGGCCGCGGUAGGACAGCGCCGCGCCGCCGCCGCCGCCGCUGCCGCUGCCGCAGCCACGGCGGCCGCGCAGCACCACCCGCCCGGCCACGCCCACCACCGCGCCCUCAGGAAUCCUGAGGAGUCUGGAGCAAUGAGGCCGCCAUCACAGCAGCAGCAGAACAACACGAUCCGCACGGUUACAUCCCCAGUCAGGGAGCGCUCUGCAAAGGGAAACAACGACAACGACACGGUGCCUCCGACCUCUCUCGAUGACAAGAAGGGCUCGUCGUCUGGGAGUGAAGGGACAAUCUGGCCCAAUUUUGCGGUCUCCCUAACGAACAAAGAGAAGGAAGAAGACUUCUUGGUGUUCAAGGGGUCCAAGCUGCCUCAGAGGCCCAAGAAGAGAGUGAAAGCCAUCCAGAGGACUGUCAAUUUUGUAUGCCCUGGAACGUGGCUAUGCGACCUGACUCUGGAAAGAUACGAGGUACGAGAGAAGAAGGUCUCCAAGAAGCGCCCCAGGGGACUGAAAGCGAUGCACGACAUGGACAGCGAGUCGGAAGAGUGAUGGUACGAUCGUCGUCGAGCCUGAGCAGCUGAGCAGUUAGAAAAGAAGAAUAUACACAAACACCGCCACAGAUCCCGUAACCGAAGAUUGAAAGUUAACCUUCCCAGACGGAAUGAUCAGUGGGCCGACUCCCGACCGAUCGAUCGGUCGGGAACGGCCUCCGGGGUGCUGUGGAGAUUGCACAGGAAAACACAGAGCGGCUGCAGGUUGUUUCCAUGCCUGCCUCUGUAAUUUAUUUUACAGAGAGCGUUGGCUAUAUCAUGUCCCCAAGGGCCCUGACCUCAUGUUGAUACCAUUUGAGAGCAUCUCCUCUCGCUGUGUCGUCAAAUGGGUGCCGAGUGGGGUGCUCCAGUGCAGCAGGCGGGCGUGUGGGUUUGCCCUCUGCUUGUACUGGCAAGUGACAGUAAUAAUACUCAAGUUUAACAUGGAUUUACCAGGGCCUUCGGUAAUUUGUUUAUACCAGCUGCUGUAAACUCUUCCUCUGUAGUCCCAGUUUGGAGCAUCAGAUGAUGCCAUGCGUAGGCUUGUCAGGCGGAUAUAUGAAUUUGUGGAUGCGGUGAUUUAUGGUCUAUAGCUUUGUGCAACUGGAAAAUGAUA